CAGCAUGGUAAAUUAAAUUAAAUUUAUCACGCUAAUCAGUAGUCAGUAUUCGCUUAGCCGCGUUUUGUCGGGAGAGGCUCGUGCACCGCAAUAUUGAUAAUAUGGCAGGCCGUAGUGACGACGGGCAACCUCCGUGCAAAAAACGAAUGGAUAAUUCGACUAAACUGUUGUACAUAUCCAUGGAGAUGGAGUUGAAGGUACGAAACGAUCUCCUAAAGUUGGACACGGAUAUGCAUCACGCCAACGUAUUGCACAUGGGCAUGUUAGGUCACCUAAAACAACUCAGCAAUAAAUUGAAAAAAACACAGAACGCCGCCGAAAAAUUACAAAUCAUGAUUAAGAACACAACCAAAGAAAUCGAGAAGAACAAAAACGAACGGGACGAAAUGCUUGCGGUCCGUCGGAAAUUAGAAAAACAAAUUACUUAUAACGAUUUCUGUCAACAUUUGCUCCAAAUCGACCCGGAAGACAGCGCACUAUGGUAUUUCACGGGGGCCGAGUGCCCGGUUUGUCUGGAAAAAUACAAACACAUGGCCAAAUUGAAUAAUUGUCAACAUUUGUUGUGCGUCAAUUGUCUAACGUCCCUGCUCGAAACGUCGCACUCGUGUCCGCUGUGCCGAAGUGAAAUAAUUGGUUACGACGUUUUCGACCGUACACUCAUGCGUACCGAUUACGUGACGGCCACUCAACAUCACGCGCGCAUUUCAAAAGUUGAUGUCGGCACCAGUCGCAUUUUGGAUGGACCGGAGAGUGUGCCAUGUCCUCCAGCUGUUGGCGGUACACCUAGUAUACGACUGCGAAGCGACUUAUAUUAUGUUCCGGGGAUACUGGAUCAUGUGUGAAGUCCAGCCGAAGUAGAAACGUAGUGAGUUGAGUUUAAAGUCAAAAGUUGCUUUCUUUGUAAACAUGUAAAAGUCACAAGUUAAUAAAAGUACCAUUAUAAUAUAACAUCGGUAGAAGUCUUACAGUUUCAAACAAAAUGAGUGGUUCUCAAACAACCUAGACGUCCCAAUAUGGAAAUCGCUCCAAAAAUCGUCGUGCCUAACGUACACGCAGGACCGUCGAAAGAGGAUUGGACUAAUAUAGUGAUCGCUCCUCAAAAAAUCCUGCAUAAAUUGCACGAAAAAACGUUGAAAGCUGAUUGGGCUAAUUUAGUGAUCGCUCCGCAAACCAUCGUGCCUAAUGAACAUGCAGGGCCAUCAAAUGAAAAUGUGGAUUUAUGUUCUGAAUUUGAAAAAAAACCUGAUAUAUU